GGGGGACAGGCUGAGGGGGGACCCCUUCACCUCACGGAGCCUCCACGGAGAGAGAUAGGGAAAACACAGGAGAGGGAGAACAACAGGCAGCAGAGAGAAGAGUUUUGAUACAAGACAAGUGCAGUGACAGAGUGAGGAGUUGAGGAAAGAUGACGGAGCCUAGCUCCAAGAGCUCCAAGAAGCAGGGAUUUAAAAAGUGCCGGAGCGCCACUUUCAGCAUCGAUGGGUUCAGCUUCACCAUCGUUGCCAACAAGGCUGGGGAGACUACCCCUCCACCACUGAAUCGCUUUGCACGCUCCAAGUCCCAGAAUGCCUUGUGGAACGCCAUCACUGCAGGGAUCGGGAUCAAGGAUAAGGAUAAGAGAGGGAUUCUCAUCGAUCCCCGCAGUCCAGAGGAGAUUCUGGCUGACGACCUACCAGUCGUGGACGGGCCAGACGCCAUGGAGAAGACUGCCAUCAGGUUGCGAUGCUUGGUGAAACAGUUGGAGCGAGGAGAGGCGUCCGUCGUCGACCUCAAGAAGAACUUGGAGUAUGCAGCCUCAGUCCUGGAGUCUGUGUACAUUGAGGAGACACGGCGAUUGGUGGACACGGAGGAUGAGCUCAGUGACAUCCAGUCGGACUCUGUGCCGUCAGAGGUUCGUGAUUGGCUGGCCUCCACCUUCACGCGUCAGAUGGGUCUGAUGCUGCGCCGGACCGAAGAGAAACCACGCUUCCGCAGCAUCGUACACGCAGUGCAGGCUGGGAUAUUUGUUGAGAGGAUGUACCGCCGGACGUCCAACAUGGUGGGAUUAAGCUAUCCGCCCAGCGUGAUCACGGUGCUCAAGCACGUGGACAUGUGGUCUUUUGACGUGUUUGCCCUGAAUGACGCGAGUGGGGACCACGCGUUGAAAUUCAUAUUCUACGAGCUGCUCACAAGAUAUGACCUCAUCAAUCGCUUCAAGAUCCCUAUCUCUGCCCUGGUGUCCUUUGUGGAAGCCUUGGAGGUGGGCUACAGCAAACAUAAGAAUCCCUACCAUAACUUGAUGCAUGCUGCAGACGUCACUCAGACAGUACACUAUCUAUUAUUGAAGACAGGCAUGGUGAACUGGCUGACUGAGCUGGAGAUCUUUGCCAUGAUCUUUGCUGCUGCGGUCCAUGAUUACGAACACACAGGGACCACAAACAACUUCCAUAUCCAGACCAGGUCAGGCACAGCCAUCUUGUAUAAUGACCGUGCAGUUCUGGAGAACCACCAUGUGAGUGCUGCCUACCGCCUCCUACAGGACGAUGACGAGAUGAACAUCCUCCUCAACCUGUCCAAAGACGACUGGAGAGAGCUACGGGCGCUGGUGGUAGAAAUGGUCCUGGCCACGGACAUGUCCUGUCACUUCCAACAGAUCAAGGCCAUGAAGAACUUCCUCCAGCAGCCAGAGGCGAUUCUCAAGCCCAAGGCCUUAUCACUGAUUUUGCACACAGCUGACAUCAGCCACCCGGCCAAGAACUGGGACCUGCACCACAGGUGGACCACAUCACUCCUGGAAGAGUUUUUCAGACAGGGGGAUAAAGAAGCAGAGCUGGGCCUGCCCUUCUCUCCUCUGUGUGACCGAAAGUCAACCAUGGUGGCCCAGUCUCAAAUUGGAUUUAUUGAUUUCAUCGUGGAGCCCACAUUCACAGUCCUCUCAGACAUGACAGAGAAGAUUGUGACGCCACUGAUCGACGAGGCGUCUCGUUCCGGCCUGGCUGGGUUCAGACGCUCCAGUUGCUGUACUGAGAGGAGAGCUGGCAAUCUGAACAGUAUUCCAGUGGGGGAUGGGAAGCGGUCCAGUGUGAUCAGCACAGGCUCAGAGGGCAGCGGAACACUCAACUGUUCCCCGGGAACCAUCGAACAUAAGGGCUUCAAGGCCACCUGGAACGAAGAGGUGCACCAGAACAGAGAGAAAUGGAAGACCCAGGCUGCUAAAGAUCUGGAGGAGAAAACCAAAAGGGAAGCAGAGGAGAAGGCUUCGCAGGAGGAGACAGAGCCUGGAACGACAGAAGAGAAGGAAGAAAAGAAAGAGGGAGAUGAGGAAGGUACACAAGCAGAGGGAGAGAAAAAGGAAGUGGUGGAGGAAGCGCCCAAAGAGGAGGAAGGGAAUAAGGACCCAGGGGGGGCCGUCGGGACCACAACAACAUCAGGACCGGGACCGGGGCUGAAUCACUUGGACCCCAAGGAGCCUGAAACCAGCAGCACCAGCACAGAGAAAAAACAGCAAGUGCAAAACGGGGAAGUCCCAGAGGACCUAGACUCACCUGACACUGACUCUGGCUCAGAUGAUGACAGUGAGAAAAACACCUCUGACGAUACAGAAGAGGAGGAUUCUGACGACAGUAACCAUGACAGUUUACCUGCGUCUCUAGCGGCUGCAGCAGUGGCGGCUGCUCCUACGUCCAAUCCAAACUAACUGCCCAUUCAGUUCCCCAACAAAGACUUCAUUUACCAGGGGACACCUUUCUCUCUCUCUCUGUCUAAUGUUCCAGAUUGCCCUCUGCUGGAUGUGUACUGCUUUUAUUUUGGUGUAUUCUUUUUUUUCAACACUACACUCUUAGAAAAAAAGGUGCUAUUCAGAUGCUAAAAGGGUUCUUCGGCUGUCCCCAUAGGAGAACCCUUUAAUAACCCUUUGUGAUUCCAGGUGGAAUGCUUUUGGUUCCAGGUAAAACCCCUUUCCACAGAGGGAUCUACAUGGAGCCCAAAAGGGUUCUUCUAUCUAUGGGGACAGCUGAAGAACCCUUUAGGAACCCUUUUUUCUAAGAGUGUAGUUCCACUUGUGUCUGUCUCUGGUGGAAUCCUUCUUUUCCGUCCACUUUUUUCUCCCAAAUCAAAGUUGAACUUGCGGGUCCAUGUGUUACCAUGGUAAAUGUGCUGGAUUCAUAUUAGCACAAACAUUGCGACCUUUGCCAUUUCCUGAGCCAUGAUGGACCUAUUGGCUCUUUCUUCCAACUGGAGAGGGGCAAGCACAUGCACAGGCUGGUACAUGAGAGGGUAAGGCUAAAAGACAGGACAGUGCUGCCCUGUGUUGCCCUGGCCUCCACACUAGCUAGGCCCUCCCAGAGGAGCUUUUAGUUUGCUCUGUGUAUCUUUCUCUGCUCCUACUCAUCACAGCAACAUUCUGGGGGAUGGAAGAUUGGCCUGGUUUGCAUUUGGACCUUCAGACCUUCUCUGUGUUUGUACAGGAUGUGCAUCUGUGUGUGUCGAGCAAAAUGUAAACAACAGCCAAUUUAAGAAUGGUGUUGAAAGAUUGGUGACAGAACUGUUUUUAUUAUUUCCACCAGUGUAAUUCAUUUUUAUUUAACUAGGCGAGUCAGUUAAGAACAAAUUCUUAUUUUCAAUGACAGUCUAGGAACAGUGGGUUAACUGCCUGUUCAGGAGCAGAAUGACAGACUUUGUCAGCUUGGGGAUUUGAACUUGCAACCUUUCAGUUACUAGUCCAAUGCUCUAACCACUAGGCUACCCUGCCGCCCCAAUGAGUAAUGAGUAAAGUACAUGAGAUGUACAUGAGUAAAGUACAACGACAUUUGUCUUGUUUAUAUUGCAUACAUAAAAUAUAUAAGAUAAACGAUUGUUAGAUUUGUUUCGCUUUUCCAUUUAAUUUUGCAACUAGAAUGCACUUUCUAACUAGCACACGUCACAUAAAGUGGAAUGAAGUCAUGGUUACCCGUUAACAUACAAUCUAAAUAUGAAAUCUGAAACGUAUUGGCUUCAUCAUUGAAACGUCUUCUUAGAGAGAAAUAACACAUAUUUAGUAAUACUAAGAAACAAUAUUGUGUACGGUAAUGUAUAUAAAUAUAAUGAUGUAUUGUGUUGAUCUAUGAUUCUCUAGCAUUAGAAUUCCCAUAUGUUUAUUGUAAAACUAAAGAAAAAAGUAACUAUGUCCAGAGAACCAUGAUUGAUUCAUAAGUUGUCUCUAAAUAGUAUGUCAUGUUAUUCUUUUUUACAAUGUACUGUAGGUGAUUUAUGUUUUCCACAGUGCAGGUUUGAUUGAUUUCCAACCAUCAAAACGUUAUUGUGAUGAUAUCAUUCGACUGUUAUUAAGCCAGGCACAACAACCAUAUUCCUUUUACGGGGCGGGGGAAAUCAACCGUUUAUAACAUGUUACAAUGCCAAAAUAUACUGCAUAUGUGUGCUUAGGUUUCGUUGCUUACUUUUCUCUCUAGUUCGUGGCAUUUCUAGCUAGGGGAGUUUCCUGGUUGCCAGAGUAUAAUAUGUAUUUAUUGUACAUAACAUUUCUAUGUUAUUUAUGAAUUAUUGUGUAUAGUUAUCAUUUGAAUGUCUUAAUGUGGUCGACAGAGAGAAGUAAUGUUUCUAAGACUUCUGAUGUACAGUGUCUCUGCUGAAUCUCUGCUCCCCGAUGACAUGGAUGAGUGGGUUAAUGUUUCAUUAUUUCGAAGUAGUGUGAAUUUGUCAUUAUGAGUUGGUUAUUUGCGCUUUGCACUUCAACUCCAGGACUUCUUCUGACUUUAUUUUAAGACACUGCAGCUCAACACAAUAUCCUCAUAUCCUCAAGUCUUUCUUUAUCAAAUGCAUUGGUGCAUACAACGCAUGAGAGUUUCCCAGCAUGAGGAGAAGAAUUGGGUUGAGAGAGUCAGUUAAUUCCCACUCAACGUUCAACUGUGAUGUGAAAACUUUGUUGAAACAAACGUGGAAUCCGAUUGAUCCAUCUUGAUUUACCAAUACAUACGUUUUCUACAAAUCAUUCACAGCAUGUAAAUAGAAUUUAAUUUUUUUGUGUUAAUAAAUUAAUUUAGCAUUAACAGAAUUAUUAUAUCUCAAAAACAAAGUAAAACACAGAAAACGAAACAAACAGAACAAACUCUAGGUUACUACACGUAAUGAAAUGUAGAAAGUAAAGAAUCAAAAUAUUUAAUGUUGUGUUCAAGAAGCAGACUUAUAGUACAUGUACAGUAUUGACUGGGUCAUCUUUGGGGUUUUCCAAAAUGGCCUCCAGGUUCACUGUGUAGAAAUUCCUGUUGCCUUGACCAAAGAUAGAAAAACAACAGAUAUUAUAGAUAUGCUAGAGUUCAAAUGAAACUCAAUCUACAAAAGGGUAAAUACUUCUGUUUUAAGCUCCUCAAAAUGAUUUAUUUUGCUCCAGAAGGAAGAAUCUUUGCCUUAAAAUAGAUAUGUCUUCACUACUCACUUCAGUGUUGCCCUGUAGAACAGUCUAUAUGUCUCAAUCUAGCUAGCUUGCAAGCUUUUGUGACAUAUUUCAGCACAAGAUCUUGUCAGUGUUGAGUGAUUGUAAAUACUCUGUGGCAGCUAUCCCUUUCCAUGAUUUCUCCAUGUUGUUUCUUGUGAUACAAAGGGAUAGGGUCUGUGUUACCUUUUUUAAAAUUUGAUUUACCAUUACAUAUAUUUGUAUCUGACCGCUACCCUGUGGUACUAGUUCUGUCAUUCGAAAUCGUACUUAGUCAUGCCUGUUAUCUGGACUGUGGAACAAUGUCAUAGUGAAGAAUCCCUGGAGAACGUAAAAACAUGCACAGACCCAUUUUUAUGGCCCCAUUCUCACGCCUUCGUUUACUAUUUUAUGACAUGCAAUCUUUGUGAAUUUGCUCCCUUUACUUCAACUCAAAACCAGCAAUCUCAUGCCUUCCUGAAACAGCGUCAUAUAUUGUCAGAUAUUUACAUUUUGAUCGGUCAACAUACUGUGUGUGAAGGGUUUAAAUGGACAUGUGUAAAUGAGGUGAUAGGUGAGUAUAGAAUCUAUAGGUCAUAGUUUUUUGUGAAUUGGUGUGUGAGUGGGUAUAUGAAGUGCAGUAUGCUUCUAUGUUCUAUUGCUAGGGGUUAGUAUAGGUUGAUAUCGAAGUAUGACGUUAUUGAUAACAACCUAUUGCCAGUACAGUAAAUUUGAGGCACACAGUUUAGUAGUGCCAGUAUAGUAAUUUCUGUGACCCCCACUUUCUCUAUGACCAACUCAUCAGCAAACCCUGGGAUGAAAUCACUAUAGACGAAACCAUGUUCAUCUUGUUUUGUUUUUUCCCCGACAUAUAUCCCCCUUAUUUCAGUUUUUUUUACUGUGCCGUGAAAUACUAUUUGCCCUGUCUGAUUUUCUGCAGUAUUGCACAUUUUCACAAUGAAUUUGGUCAGAUCUUUUUAUGGGUUGUAGUCACAGGAGGUUGGUGACACCUCAAUUGGGGAGGACGGUCUCGUGGUAAUGGCUGGAGCUGAAUAAGUUGAAUUGUAUCAAAUACAUUAAACAUGUGUUUGAUUCCAUUCCUUUUGCUCCGUUCUAGCCAUUAUUAUGAGCCGUCCUACCCUCACCAGCCUCCACUGGUUGUAGUGGUAUAUAGAGGGAGUCUGGGAGAAAAAAUUAGGUAACCAAACAUGCACUCUUCAGGUGUGAAAAAGUUAUUGCCGCCCCCCAGUUAAUUUCACCCAAUUAAAGGGAUAAUUACAGUCAGCUGUUUGAGUCCUUCGGUUAACAACCAGCCCUGAUUUGGGCCAGCACUGCCUAAUAUAAAUCUGACUAACUUUUUGGUCCUUACCAUCAGAUUGAAUUUGUCAGAGCACAGGUUUUAGAGGCACAUCAUGCCACGAUCAAAACAAAUUCCUGAAGACCUCCAGAAAAACGUUGUUGAUGCUUAUCAGUCUGGAAAGGGUUACAAAGCCAUUUCUAAGGCUCUGGGGCUCAAUCGAACCACAAUCAGAGCCAUAUUGUCCAACAGGACAAUGUUUGGGACAGUAGUGAAUUUCCCAGGAGUGGCUGUCCUGCCAAAAUCUCUCCAAAGAACUCUAGAAAAACAUCCAGGGAUAUCUAGGUCUCUCUCGCCUCGGCUAAGGUCAGUGUUUGUGAUUCCACCAUCAGAAAUACACUGGGCAAAAAUGGGAUUCAUGGCAGAGUAGCAAGGUGGAAACCAUUGCUCACUAAGAAGAACAUGAAUGCUCAUCUCAAGUUUGCCAAAAUAUCGCCUGGAUGAUCCUCAAGAGUUCUAGAACAAUGUUCUAUGAACAGAUGAGUCUAAGGUAGAACUUUUUGGCUGACAUGGGCCCUGUUAUGUCUGGCGAAAUCAAACACAGCAUUCCACAUUAAGAACCUCAUACCAACGGUCAAGCAUGGUGGUGGUAGUGUGAUGUUUUGGGGAUGCUUUGCUACAUCAUGACUUGGAUGCAUUGCCAUUAUUGAAGGAACCAUUAAUUCUGUUAUAUUUAUUUUAUAUUUUUCUACCCCUUUUUUCUCCCCAACUUUGUGGUAUCCAAUUGGUAGUUACUGUCUUGUCCCAUCGCUGCAACUCCCGUAUGGACUCGGGAGAGGCGAAGGUCGAGAGCCGUGUGUCCUCUGAAACACGACCCUGCCAAGCCGCCCUGCUUCUUGACACAACGCCCGCUUAACCCAGAAGCCAGCCGCACCAAUGAGUUGGAGGACACACCGUAUACUUGGCGACCAUGUCAGCGUGCAUUGUGCCCGGCCCGCCACAGGAGUCGCUAGUGCGCGAUGGGACAAGAACAUCCCUGCCGGCCAAACCCAUUGAGAUGUGGCAGGACCUGAAAUUAGCAGUUUAUGCUUGAAAACCCACAAAUGUCACUGAGUUGAAGCCGUUCUGCAUGGAGGAGUGGGACGAAAUUCCUCCACUCACUGUGGGAGACUAAUUGAUAACUACAGAAAACAUUUGAUUGCAGUUAUUGUAGAUAAAGGUGGCAUGACCAGUUAUUGAGUAUAAGGGGGCAAUUACUGUUUCGCACGGGGGCAUUGGGUGUUGAAACGUUCUUUAAUAAAUAAAUAUGUCUAAAUGGUUUAUUAUUUGUUCACUCAUGGUCCCUUUUAUAUAAUAUUAGGUUUUGGUUGAAGAUCUGAUAACUUUCAGUGUAAAAAAUAUGCAAAAAAGAAAAUCUGACGGGGAAAAUACUUUUUCACAGCACUUACUUUAUGUAUUUGAAGCCAUAACGAUGUAUACUUUUUUUCUGUGAGUAUUGCUUAAAGGGGUUUCAUUUGGUAAUCAUCAAACCGGUUGUCCUCAUGUUUUUUCCCACUUUUUUUGUCUUAUUUUGUUUGAAUUGAAGAUUUUAUUGAUCACACACCAAGAACAAACUGUGCAGCAGGCCAUGUGGUGGUGUUUGUUCCAACGCUACGUUAGUGCACUGUUGUGACAAUAAAUCUGAACUCAAAGGGCUCA